CCUCCAAGUCUGCAGCUUUCGUCCAACUCCCAGACACCUCGCGGGCUCGCCGGCACCGGCAGCGUUUCCAGGAGGCCGAGCAGGGUGUGCGUGCGGCCGUUGGGCGCCUUCUUUUUGGACCUCGGGGCCAUCCACACCGUCCCCUCCCCCUCCCGCCUCCCUCCCCGCCUCCCCCGCGCGCCCUCCCCGCGGAGAUCCACCCCGUCCCUCCUCCCGCUCCCUCCUCGGCGGGCCGCACCGCCCCGGCCGGCGCCGCGCGCGGGGGAAGCUGGCGGGCUGAGGCGCCCCGCUCUCCUCCUUUUCCCGGGCCGCCCCUCUGCCCCGGGCCUGCGAGGCCGCACGCUGCCACCUGAGAGAUGAUGCAGGACGUGUCCAGCUCGCCAGUCUCGCCGGCCGACGACAGCCUGAGCAACAGCGAGGAAGAGCCGGACCGGCAGCAGCCGCCGAGCGGCAAGCGCGGGGGGCGCAAGCGGCGCAGCAGCCGGCGCAGCGCAGGCGGCGGCGCGGGGCCCGGCGGGGCCGCGGGCGGGGGCGUCGGAGGCGGCGACGAGCCGGGCAGCCCGGCCCAGGGCAAGCGCGGCAAGAAAUCUGCGGGUGGCGGCGGCGGCGGCGCCGGCGGCGGCGGCAGCAGCAGCGGCGGCGGGAGCCCGCAGUCCUACGAGGAGCUGCAGACGCAGCGGGUCAUGGCCAACGUGCGGGAGCGCCAGCGCACGCAAUCGCUGAACGAGGCGUUCGCCGCGCUGCGGAAGAUCAUCCCCACGCUGCCUUCGGACAAGCUGAGCAAGAUCCAGACCCUCAAGUUGGCGGCCAGGUACAUCGACUUCCUCUACCAGGUUCUCCAGAGCGACGAGCUGGACUCCAAGAUGGCAAGCUGCAGCUAUGUGGCCCAUGAGCGGCUCAGCUACGCCUUCUCGGUCUGGAGGAUGGAGGGGGCCUGGUCCAUGUCCGCGUCCCACUAGCAGGCGGAGCUCCCCACCCCCUCGGCAGGGCCGGAGACCUAGAUGUCAUUGUUUCCAGAGAAGGAGCAAAUGGACAGUCUAGAGACUCUGGAGCUGGAUAAC